UAAACGUAACUCAUAUCAGUAUCACACCGGAAUUAAUUUCCAAGGCGGGAACAACAUCCUCGUUCCCUCCAUCCUUUUUCUCUCUAGAUCAGAUUUUGUUGCUUCUACUCCCAAACCCCCAAAUUGUGUCCCUCAACAAAACCCUAAUUUCAAAACCAGCCCUAAUUGAGCUGAUCCAAUGCACAACUCAGCCGCGGAGGUUGCCGGUGUCGGUGAUCUACAGCAACCCGUCCGCCGGAGAUUGGUCCAGUCGACACUGUUCCCGCAUAGGUCCCAAGACAAUGCAACAGAGAAAGAGGACAAAAAAGGCGAUCAAAAGCCCAACGAAGAAGAAGAAGAAGAAGAAGAAGAGUAUUGCGCGAGUCAAGGCAAGAAGAAGAGACAGCGAAAGCCCAGAGCUCCUAAGAAGGUUGCUGUAAAUGGCAAACAGAUCCCGAGCAAGAAGGUGGAUGACAAAGAUUGUCCAGCUAUUGAGAAUCCUGAUUUAUUCUUAAAAGCUUCUGAAGGACAAAAUCCACAAAAAAAGCAGCAAUGUGUUGCUUCACCAGAAGAAAAUGAUAAAACAUGUUCUCCUUUAGAAUCUCCAACCAAUAUGAAGACGCCUAGGCAGUUGAAGCGACAUGCGAAUUCUACACCAAAGAAGAAGCAGGUGCAAACUACACCAAGAAAGAAGCGGGUGCAAACUACACCCAAAAAAAAAAUUAUGAAUGGUGUCCCUGAGCAAAUAUCAGACAGUCCUAUACAGAGUGGAAACGCGACACAAUCAAUUCCUGAUCUGCGGUUAGAGGCAAAAAUGAAAGCUGAGGAAAAUGCACGUAUGUUUGGAGGAAAGCAAAUACAUCCAUUUUUCUUAUCACAGAAAAUGGCCAAGAAAAACCAGGAGACGAUUGACGUGGAGAGCAAUUGCUGCUCUGUUGAGAGGAAGGAUAAAAGCACUAUCUUCAGCCCUAUUCAUGUAUUUGAAAAUUUUCAGGAUGAUGCUGGUUUACUUGAUUGGGGGAAUUUGAUUCUUUCUGAAAGAAGCUUUAUUGGUACCCAUUGUGAUCUAAAAAGUGCGUGCUCAUCGGUUUUUGAAGGAUUUGUCAAUCCUUUAAAUUUUGAUGACAUUCUAAAUCUCGAUCCAAGUAGAACAUCAUUGCUUCAGCAUGAGGCUGUUCAACAUGAAGUGGUCUCUUUGGAUCAGUCUCCUGUUCAACGAAAACAUAGGCAUGCUGUAUCGCCACCAUUAUCAGCUGAUGAGCCAGUGGUGCACUAUGAACUAUUAAAGGAUAUAGAAGUGAAUUGGCAGGAUCAUGAAAUGGAGAAAGCUGAUUUCUUUUCUGGGCAUGUUGGUUGUGUAAGAAACUCAGAUGUUGAGUGGGAGGGUAGAUUUCUUCAUGAAAGGAUGAUGGCAUAUUAUCAUGGUUGUCGCAAUCACCCAGAGAACAGCCUGUGGACAAAUAAAUACCUGCCUGAAAAGGCCAUGGAGGUAUGUGGUAACGAAGAAUCUGUGAAUUUCUUAAGUGAGUGGCUACACCUUUGGCAUGAAAGUGGUUUUCGAUCCAGCAAAGAUCGUAAUGUUGGUAAAAAAUUUAUUGUCCAAGAUGAUGAUUAUAACUGUUACCAAAGUGACUGUGAUUCUGAAAAUAAAGAUGAAGAAAAUGGCCUGAAGAAUGUUCUCUUAGUUGCGGGUCCAGUUGGGAGUGGGAAGUCUGCAGCUAUCUAUGCUUGUGCAAAAGAACAAGGUUUUCAUGUUAUUGAGGUCAAUGCAUCAGAUUGGCGAACGCGAACUAAUGUGAUGCAAAGAUUUGGGGGUGGUGUAGAAUCAUAUUGGGUUCAACGUACGAUGGAAACUCCUGUGGGUUCAGAGAGCAAGCAAAUACUGAAGUCCUUCCCUAUCAUGUCUAAUACCGUGCCAGUGCAAGGGUGUGACAGUGAAGUAAUUGAAUUGAUUCACUUAUCAGAUGAGGAAGAUUUACAAAAUGCCACUGGAACGCCAGGGAAAUUUGUCUGCAAGCAGAACAGAACUGCUACUGAUCAUAAAGAAAGUAAACCCUUGAUACUCUUUGAAGAUGUGGAUGCUAUUCUUUCUGAAGAUCAUGGUCUUAUUGCCACUAUACAAAAACUUGCGGAGACAGCAAAGCGGCCAAUUAUAUUGACCAGCAACAGUCACAACCCUGUCUUGCCAAAUAAUUUGGACAGGCUUGAGUUGUGUUUCACAAAACCAUCACUGAAGGAGCUCCUUUGCCAUGUAAAUAUGGUUUGUGCCACAGAAAAAACAAAAAUUCAACCUUGCUUGGUGGAGCAAUUUAUUGGCUGUUGUCAAGGAGAUAUUCGUAAAACCAUUAUGCACCUCCAGUUCUGGUGCCAGGGCCAGAAGUAUAGAAAAGAUAGUGAAGAGCAGAGAACGUAUAGAUAUGGUCCACUACUCUUUGAUCUUGAUGCUGGGCAUCGGAUACUACCAAAGAUAAUCCCUUGGAGUUAUCCUUCUCAAUUGUCUGAAUUUGUGGAGAAGGAGAUCACUAAGUCAUUGUUGAUGAUGGAAGAAAGCUCAAAAUUAAUGGAGGUAGUCAAGGAGGGAGAGCUAAAUAAAAACGAAAGGCAGAACCGUUUGAAGAGGCAUAAAUCUGAAACUGAUAGUAUUGAGGCCAAGAAAGAAGCAAUUUUAAGAAGGCAUUGCUUCGUUCAGGAUGGGAAUGAAUUUGCAAGUCCAUGUAAAACUGCUUGUGAAUUUUCAAAUUCCUCAGGGUCACCACUUGCAUUCACUCGUCGAAAUGUUCGGAGAAAACUUGACACAGUAUUGUCUUCGAAUUCUGGAAACGAGAGCUUAAAUGAUAGAUUUCCUGUAGUUGGGGAUAAAUUGUUUGAGGAUACUAACAGUGAAAUGUUCCUUGAAGUAGAUAGCAAAUCUCUCUCUUACUGUCUGGCAACCGAAACGUGCCUUGAUCCAGUACCUGAGAAGCAGCUGCUGCUUAAUUUCGAAGGGGAGAAGUUGGAGGAAAACUUCAACCCCUUACCGGAGCAGCUUCUUAAUUUUGAAGGGGAGAAGUUGCAGGAAAAUGGUUAUAACUGUUCAGAAACUGCAGUGUGUACACAGAUUAAUGGAACACGGAAAUCAGUUGAAAUAUCCUGUGUGCCAGAAUCAUCUUUUGUUCCUGAAACUGAGAUCAAUGAUGGAACAUCACUGUUAAGUAAGACAAUCUCUUGUGAUCACAUUCCUGAUAUAGCGGAAGCGGUUUCUAUAUUUAAUGAUUUGAUACAAAAUUUGCAGCCAGUGGAGACAAAUAACCUAAUUCAUACGUCUGGGUUACACAAAAUUCCAGAAAUGGUGGAAAAUUUUGAUGUUUACAAGGAAUCAACUCAUGGAGAGGAGGUGGGGGACUCACACACUGAGCAUGUGGAUGCUCUUCCAAGAGGGUAUCAAGUAAUGGAUGAGUGUAGCCGCAUGGACUUUAGUAGGGGUGCCAAGUCCAAGGACGAGCAUAGGUCCUGCAUGUUAAUGGAUUCUGUUCAAGAAACAUGGAGAAGAUUUCGCGCUUGUCAUACAGAUCUGAGACAGUAUGUCACCCCCAAACAGAAAGAUGCUUCCCUAGCACUGAAACUUACUUAUGAAAUGAGUAAUCUGAUAUCAGAAGCUGAUAUGUUACUUGGUGACUGCCAACCGGUAAUUUGUGACUCUUUGGACCCAUCAAUGGUUCCCUCUGAGAAAUCUCAUUCAUUCAGCUGGUAUGAUGAUCAAUUGUGGAUGGCAUCCACAAUUGCACAACAUGGGUUUUGCUUUUAUGCAAAAGAAAUUGUUGCUGUAGGAUCAAACGGCAGUUCUGUGAAUAGAAUGGAUUUGGCUUUGGAGAUGCUGGCUUCUUCAACUAAUACAACUGCAUUGGGGAAAUUGGUCAGGCGGGAUAGGAGAAUUGAUAAUUCAGAGAUGGGAAGACUGAAAAGUGUCAUUUCCACAAAAAGUGAAUUGGACUCACGGCUUAUCUCUGUAGUUCAGUCCAUAGUACCGUCAAGAUCGUUGUUAGCAACAACAAAAGGCGGUGCACUCUACGAAUACCUGUCUUCAUUGGGCCAGAUUUCAAGAUCAGAAGCCUCCCGUUUAUCUGAAAGCAUUGACAACACGAAGCAAAAAAGGGUACGUGUUGCUCGAAACUACUUGAGUACUGGUGCGCUGAUGUUUUCUCCCAAUGAUCUGUCAACGGUUGGUAAAUAUAAUUGCUAUGGAAGGGGUUCAUCUCAAUCCAUGGAUGCAAGUUGGAGAUAAUCAAGGAAAUCCAACAGUUAGAUGCAUCAACCAUUCAAUUAAAUUCAAUGAAGUGGUUAUUGGCUCAGCACAGAAAAGCAUCAUUCAAUGGAGAGAAUUUUAGACAGGACCUUUUGCCAUAAAAAAUGACCGAGGUGGCUAUUUAUCUUGCCAUGUGUUGAUGGCCAUGCUCCCUCACCAAAUGGAUGCCAAAAUUUUUGGACGAAGAAUGAAAAAAAACAAAGUCAGCAGAAGAAGGUACAUUGAGCCUAACUUAGGAUAACAUUUAUUUAUUUUCCUAAUUGUAGAUCUUAUGGUUGUUCCUUCCGUUUUUUAGAAAUGUAAAACUCCGAAAGUCAUUGAUUUUUGUUUUUUUGGAGGAAAAAGUCAUUGAUUGAUAAAAGAAAAUGUUUGAUUUUUUUAAAAAAAAUUAUUGGAAAAAAGUAUAUAUCAAAAUAAAAAACACUCCAAGGUCAA